AUGUAUACUAGAAAACGACUUGAGAACAUUGCGGGACCAGCAAAUGCGCGUCAGUCCUCCUUCGGACCUGUCGUCGCAAGAUCAGCGGGCAAACAGGACUUCCCAAGAAAAAUGUCCGUGCACCAAGCAUUGAAUUCUCCGCCAAAUCAAUAUUCUCUGAUUUCAGAUUCGUGGAUAAAUGAAAUAUUCAAGGAAGAUAAUCAAAUUUUAAGCACAUUUGACAACCUGAAAGCUCAAGAAUGGACAAUAAAACGGCCCCCGGUUUCAUCUAAUCCACGUGAAUCAAUCUACGACGCGAACACCCAGUCCUAUAUUGACGGUAUUUGUACUCAGACAACUUCAUUCUAUGAUUUUACAACAAGAAUAGCGUGCUAUGAUGAGCCUUUUGGUUUAUCAGUCUUUCUGACAAAAGAUUUCUUGAAUAUGGUCGCAUCCCAAGUUCUAGUGGAAAACACCAACUACAUUCUCUCUAUUAUUUUACUAAAUGCUGUUCUCGCAAUCGGUUUCUAUAUAGUAAAAGUCGAACGAGGUGGUGAUGUCACAGCAGGACUAGCGGAAGCCUACGCGCGGUUUGACGUAGCAGAAAAGUACCGGAGUCUACUUGCGGUAGGAGAGCACUCGAAAGAGAAAUUCCUACUUCUAUUUGCGCGAAAAUGCAGUCUCGAAUUAGUAUCCAGUCUGCUUACUGCAGCAACUAGUACAGCAAUGGCUCUUGUUCUAACCAGUAUCAGCUCAAUACAAGAGCUGUGUGGUACGGAACACGAGCAAAUAUAUCUUCAACGAGCAUUCUGGCUCUUGUAUUCGAUAGAGAAAUUUCACUCGCUUCGUCUUGGCCGUUACUCGAGGAUCGAAGACGACUUCAUCGACCAUCAGCCACCUACCCAAGUCCCCGAACGCAGGAAUUCAUCCCCUUUUUCUCAACUAUGGGCUGUGCACGAAGUAGAGCUCGAUAGACUACUCCCCCAAUGCCGCUUCGCAAAAAUCUGCCAUUUAAUAACCAAGCAACUCUACACACCAUCUGGACUCCAAAAAUCACCCUCAGAGCUCUCAUGCAGCAUUUCUCAACUAAGCGCUCUCUUGAAGGAAUGGAAAGACUCGACCCCUUCUUCCCACAAACCACUCGAUGUCGGAACUUCCUCCAAUUAUCCACACGCACUAUCCAGUGCAACUCAGGAGUGCCUCCACCUGUCGUACCAGUAUUAUGAGGCUCUGCUAGCAAUCCAUGGUCGUUGGCAACUAACUGAUCCUUUACACCUGACUGCAGAAGAUAAUAUAUCUCUUAGCCGGAGUAGGGAGACCUGUUCUAGUGUGGCCAGAAUGGUGCUGCUGAUGAGCAGUGAGAUUCGACUAAAAGAGCUAUUCUCUGAUUGGUAA